AUGGGUUCCUCACCCUCAGUGAGCGAUCGCAUUAUUGCUCCAUAUUCGUCGCAUGCUUACCACCAGCCUCAUUUAUCAAAGCAAGUUCAAGGUGGUCAAGUAAAUCCACGUUUGUUCAUGAGUCCUGGUGAUAAUGGUGACAAUAGAAAUUCACAGCAAAUCCCCUGGUAUGGAUAUCUGAAAUUGUUUCUAACUGCACUUCAUAAAUUACCUCCGUAUCGGGGAACAGUAUGGCGCGGCGUUCCACACGACUUAAGCACAAAAUAUUGUAAAAAUGGUGAACAAAUAUGGUGGGCAUUUAGUUCGUGCACAUCAUCACUAGAUAUUCUGAGAUCACCGAACUUUUUAGGUGAUACUGGUGUUCGUACGUUGUUUAAUAUUGAAGUGUUUAAUGGCCGAUUGAUUAGCGAAUUUUCUGAAUAUAGUGCCAAAGAUGAAAUUCUACUUUUACCUGGUACUUAUGUUCGUGUUGUCAGCGAAAUGAGACAAUCGGAUGGUCUGCAUAUUAUUCAUUUGAAACAAAUAGAACCCCCGUAUUUUCUGUUAGAGCCACCAGGACAAGUUGGUCUAACACCAAAACCAGCGUCGCAAUAUAAUAAACAACAAAACAAAAUUGUUAAUGACGAGAUAUCAAGCGAAGAGAACAGAUCCGAUGAAGAUAACUCGGAAUUCCAAAGCGAUUUACCUACAGCUAACUGGGAAUCUGGUUAA